AUGGAUACCCGGACACGAACAGCAUCGCCCACGACAGAGGGUGCACAUGCUAGCCAUUCACCACCGCCGCCAGUCCAGGAUAAGAUAUCCGCAUACUAUUCCCUUGUCUUCCCCCACUUCACGUUCUACAUACAGACCCUCUCUAUCACCAUUGGCCGCCGAUGUGCUCCCAAUGCUGCCACCUCAUCGACGUCGGAGACGCCCCAGGUUGAUGUUGACCUCGGUGCACUCAAGAGCGUGUCACGACUGCAUGCCAAGAUUGAAUAUGACCAGGAGGAGGACCGUUUUGUGCUUGUCGUUAUCGGCCGCAAUGGUGCUUGGGUUGACGGGGUGUGGUCCGCCGCUGGGACGCGCGCCCCGCUGGGCGAGAGAUCUCAAAUUCAAAUCGCUUCACGCACCUUUCAUUUCGUCCUUCCGCCGCCGCCUCCUCCGGAAGAUACCCCUUCUCCCAGCUCCCAGUCCUCUGCAAACCGCCCACGUUCGCCUUCCGUCGAUAUCACCUCCAUAUCUCCGCCUUCAUCGCAGCCUUCACAUUCUCCGCCCCCAGUGCAAGUCAAAUUGCCGCCGCCGUCUCCUGAACCCGAACUCUCACCCGAACUCUCACCGCAACUCUCCUCACCACCGCUACAGCUUUCCUCUCCUCCACCGUUACCUAAACCAAAGAUCAAGCCCCCAGCCCCACCGCCCCGACCACCACCUCCUCAACCGCAGCUGCCUAAUUCCAAUUCCAUCGGUCAAUCAAGUAAAGCCAAUUCAAAGAAGCGGAAAAAGAACGAUGUCGAAGUACCGCCUAUUCUCGAACGGCCCAAACCUGAGGACAUGCCUCCCAAACCUCCUUUUACAUAUGCUCAGCUGAUAUAUCGGGGUAUCAGGGAGCUUGGCGGGAAGGCUACUUUGCAGGAAAUCUGUACGUGGAUAAUGAACACACAUGAGUAUUAUCGCUAUGCAGAACCAGCGUGGAUGAGCUCUGUGCGUCAUAAUCUGUCGUCCAACAAUGCGUUCUUGAAGAUGGAGAGGUGUGGGGGAGAUAGAGGCAAAGGCUUUUUCUGGUCUCUCGACGAGAACUAUUCUCAGUCAUUGGAAGAGCAGGAGUUCAAAGCCAAGCAGGCGGCUUCAGCUGCCGCAAAAGGCGUCGCGUCGGGCUCUGCAGAAGUUGUGGGCAAAAACAGAAAGAAAGAGAAGGGUGGUUUCUUAGAGCCUCCGUUAAAGCGCAGUGUCAAAGGCGAUACGAAAGGCGUUCCUCUACCGCCACCUCUCACUUUUUCGCCAUUGCCGUUCAAGACUGCACUUUCACCGGCUCCAACCUUGUCAACAAGCUCUGCCCCAGCUGGAGGUCCCUCUAUACCAUCUGGAACACAAACCACAAGUUCGAUCAAACCUUUGUCUGUCGCUACAACUGGCAUAUUUGCAUAUCCUUCUCUUCCUCAUACCAUGCAGGCCAUUAGUCCUGCGCAACAGAGCUCGACUGUCACUUCUAGCUACUCCGGUACUUCUCUCAGUGGCUCUAAUCCUUAUGCUCCUUUAGCACACUCAAAGUGGCACAUGCAUGGAAAUGUUAAUCCAUCACCAUCCACAACAGCAACUUCUUCUACAGCAACUCCUGCUGUUUCCACGCCCGCACCAGCACCUACGCCCGCGCCGGCUACACCACAACCGGCACAGCCAGGUCAGACUGCAGUCCCAGAUGUCGUUAUCCCGAUCAUCCUUGGUCCUAUACCCCCGACGCAUCCGGAUUAUUCCCCCAACCACCCCAACAAUUCUGCGAAGGAAGGUUACAUGAUUUUGCAUGAACGGAAGCUAAUUCUGGAUCCUGAUAUCUUCGCUGAAUUAACAAAGGAGAUGCUGGAGAAACUGGAAGCUAUGGGUGCUCGUGGAGCUUUGGGCGUUUUGACAGAGCAUAUGAUCCGGGCUUUGAAAGAGCGCAGGGCUAGGGAAAGAGGCAAAGAACGCGGUGGUCGGCGACCCAGAGGAAACGGCAGAGGUGGAGCAGCGCGCAAAGCGCCUCCCACAACAACAGGGCCCUUUACCAAUGUGCCGCUGGAUCAUAAACGCAAAGCACCUGGGGCAGAAGUGUCUAAUCUGGACAGUAGUCAACCUGCGAUGAAAUCGCUUACACAACCUGUGCCAGUCCCCGGUCCCAGUGCCACCCAAUCGUCGACAACCGCAUCGACAGACGUUGCAUCUGGUCCACCAGUGGCAGAUCCUGGAUCACCCAUUAUCAUCAUUGACGACGUUUCUGAGGACGAGGGGCCAGCUGCGAAGAAGAGGAAGGUGGAAGGCGGAGAGAGUGUCGCAUCUGGUUGA